CCUGGCCGCAGACAAUGACAAAGGCCAUCGCGGUGGCUGCACCAGAGGGUGCAACGAAACUGUUCCUGCUGCGAAGGCUAUUGUCCAAUGUUACAUUGGAUGUUGCUGCCAGGGAUCCGCAACCAAGUGCAGCCGUGUUCAGUACACUGCAAUAUUUGAAAGCAGUGAAAGCAGUGACUUGGAGCAGUUGACAAUUAACUAACACACAGUGACAGGUGGAAGCAUGAGGGCUGCAGGCACAACGGCUAGUCUCGUGAAGACCCUGAAGGAGGAGACUCAAGUGACCAGUGUUGCUGAUCUGCCACAAGGAAACCUGAAGACAGCAGUGGUGGUUGACGCAAUGCAUGCCAUACGCCACUGGUUAUUCAAGAAAGAUAAAACAUUCAGAGCCAUUGCUGAUCGCUACAAGCACUAGCUGCUGAAAGAUGUUCCUGCUGGCACAGGGAUCAUACAUUUCUGCUGUGACCGAUACAGUGAACAAAGCCUCAAAUCAGCAGAGCAGCAGCACAGGUACGGCCGAUCCAGACCAGCUAAGGUGUUUGAAGUCAGUGAGCAGUACCGAGCCCCAGACCCAGAAUUCUUCUCAGUAUCAGCCAACAAAGCUGAGUUUCCUGUGUGAGACGUGGACCGAGAGUGAACAGCUAGAUCCAGCACUCGGUUCAACUCGCCUUUACCUAAGCAGAGGAUUCAAGAAAGAAACCCUGAGUGUGCUGCUCACCGAAGGGUCCGCAACUGACGUCACUGCCUUGGAGUCUACACAGCAGGAGGCUGAUACAAGUCAUGCUAUAUACAGCGUUCAGAAUGAAGAUGUUGAGAGAGUGAUCAUCCACGGCAAUGACACGGAUAUUAUCAUCAUCUGUGUCUACUAUGCCACCACUAUUCUGAAAGAUCUUCCUGAACUGUGGGUGAGAACUGCCACGGAGAACUACCUACCCAUACACCAAAUGGCUGUGGCACUGGGACCUUCGCAGUGUCGUGCACUACCAUUUAUCCUCAGCCUGAGUGGAAGAGACACGACAAGCUAUCCUUUCUUCACUGGUAAGAAGACCUGGAUAAGCAGUAGCAAGACUACAGACAUAUCUAAACUUGAAGACUUUGGCGAGCAAGGUCAGCAAGACAUCACAUUGGAACUCAUCGACCAGGCACGCAAGCUUGUCAUCACUGUGUACUCUAACAAAGCUGAUGACUUCGAGGAGUGUGAUCAUGAAAAACUGAGGGUCUCAGGGUUCUCCCUACGUUGCGCAAACGGGGCGCGCGCGCCCCACGAGGCUUUUGUACAGCUCAUUGAAUUUGUAGUAACUGAGGUCGUAAACUGA